GGGCUCAUGAGACCUUUGGGAUUUCCAAUGGGAUCUGGGAAGCAGCUGAAGCAACGGGAAGCUUAGCCGUCCCGCGAGGCCAGCCUCAGUUUGAACGCUCAGCUCUGCAGCAGUUCUGGACCAAGUGGCCCAAAGCCUACCCUCACAUCCACCAGGUCCUUGUUAUCCAGGUGGAAACACAUGGCUCUUCUACGCAAACUUAAUCAAGUGUUGCUGUUUCUUCUGGUCCUGACGCUCUGUGGGAUCCUGUACAAGAAAGUUCGUAAAGGAGCUGUACUUAAGAACGAGGCAGAUGAUGAUUCUGAGUCCCCUGAGGAUGUGGAAGAGGAGAUUCCAGUGGUGAUUUGUGCAGCCGCAGGGAGAAUGGGCGCGGCCAUGGCGGCCAUCAACAGUGUCUACAGCAACACUGAUGCCAACAUUGUGUUCUAUGUAGUUGGACUACGGAACACUCUACCUCGAAUACGAAAAUGGAUCGAACAUUCUAAACUGAGAGAAAUAAACUUCAAGAUUGUGGAGUUCAACCCUACAGUCCUCAAGGGGAAGAUUAGACCAGACUCCUCGAGACCUGAGCUGCUCCAGCCUCUGAACUUUGUUCGGUUUUAUCUCCCUCUGCUUGUCCACCAGCAUGAGAAAGUCAUCUAUUUGGACGAUGAUGUCAUUGUACAAGGCGAUAUCCAGGAACUGUAUGACACCACUUUGGCUCUGGGCCAUGCAGCGGCCUUCUCAGAUGACUGUGAUUUGCCUUCUGCUCAGGACAUCCACCGACUUGUGGGGAUACAGAACACAUACAUGGGCUAUCUCGACUACCGGAAGAAGACCAUAAAGGACCUUGGCAUCAGCCCCAGCACCUGCUCAUUCAAUCCUGGUGUGAUUGUUGCCAACAUGACCGAAUGGAAACACCAGCGCAUCACCAAACAGCUGGAAAAAUGGAUGCAAAAGAAUGUGGAAGAAAACCUCUACAGCAGCUCCCUGGGAGGAGGAGUAGCUACCUCUCCGAUGCUGAUUGUGUUUCAUGGGAAGUAUUCCACCAUCAACCCGCUAUGGCACAUAAGGCACCUCGGCUGGAACCCUGAUGCAAGAUAUUCAGAGCACUUUCUUCAGGAAGCUAAGCUACUCCACUGGAAUGGAAGACAUAAACCCUGGGACUUCCCUAGUGUUCACAAUGACUUAUGGGAAAGCUGGUUUGUCCCUGACCCUGCAGGGAUCUUUAAACUGAAUCACAAUAGAUGAAACACUCCAACAGUUAAAACACUCCCAGGAUAAAAAUGGAAGGGCCCUUUGAAUCCUCUAGCACUGUUCCUUGUGAGCAACACUUCUGAUAUAUAUGAUCUACAGUGAAGAAACAAAAACUACUGUGUACAAUUAGAACCGGGGCCCAUACGGACAGACUUAGCUUCUUGAAGUUCAGAUGACCUUAUGAGCAGUCUCCACUCAUUCCUUUUGGUGUUUUGAGACAGGGUCUCGCUAUGUAUCCCAGGUCUUGACCUGAAUGACAACUAUAUCUGAAAACUUUCAAAAUCUCUAAUUUCUUAGAUAUUCUUAUAGCGGUUCUUUUGUUUGGAUUUUAAGAUGGGGUCUCCCCAGCUGGAGAGUGUGUAAGUGUGGCUGUUCUUCCAAAGGAUCCAGGUUUGAUCCCCAGCACCCACAUGGCAGUUCACAGUUAUCUGUGAAUACAGUUCCAAGGGCUCUGACCUUCUCUUCUGGCCUUCAAAGGAACUGGGCACAUAUUGUAGGCAAAACAUCUAUACAUGUUUUAAAAUAAUAUAAACAAGUUAGCUGGGUGGUGCUGGCACAUGCCUUUAAUUUCAGCACUCAAGAGGCAGAGAGAGGUAGACAGAUCUCUGUGAGAUCGAGGACAGCUUGGUCUACACAGUGAGUUCCAGGACAGCCAGGGCUACACAGAGAAACACUGUUUCAAAAACAAACAGAUAGGGUCUCUCUAUGUAUAUCACUGGAUAACUUGGAACUCACUAUAUCAACUUCACACCCACAAAGAUCUGCAUGCCCCAGCUUCCUGAGCACUGGGAUCGAAGGCCUGGGCUACCACACCUGGCUGCACAUUUUUUCUUUUUUUUAAAACAGGUUGCCAGUUUUAUCUUUUAUAAAAUUAUAAAUUAAAAAUUGUAGUAUCUGUAAAAAUAAACUAUUCAAGCUUU